AUGAGAAUAUUUUUCCUACUGUUAUUUGUAGUAAUAAAUGUGCAAGAAUCAGUAGCGUCAGAACAGGAAGAUGUGCAAACCUUUCUCACACUGGAUGAUUUUCAACGAGAACUAGAUGAUGAGGAGGUAUUCUUGACAGAUCAAGAUUUUCGUAACGCUGAACUUUUAACAAGAAACAACUCCACAGUUCUUCCACCUUCUCGACUUCUAUCUCGCCAAUCUUUCCUUCAUGGCGACAUCAGAGGAAAAGCAGCAUGGAAAUUGAAAAUACGCCGAAAAGGGGCUCGACGUAACGGGGUAAUCACUGGGGUCAAGAAAUGGCCAAACGGCAGAAUCCCAUACAUGAUCAGCGGGCAGUACACGGAACGAGAACGUGCAGUGCUUGCUCGAAGCUUCCAGGAGUAUCAUAAGAAGACCUGCAUCCGCUUUGUGCCUCGAUCGCCACUGGACCGAGACUACUUAUACAUAGGGAAGAUUGAUGGAUGCUUUUCUGACGUCGGUCGAGCGGGAGGAAGACAGGAAUUGUCGCUUGAUGACGGAUGUUUACAAUAUGAUACCGCCAUCCAUGAACUGAUGCACUCAAUUGGCUUUUACCAUGAGCACGAACGAUGGGAUCGCGAUAGCCACAUUAGGAUUCUUUGGCAAAAUAUCGACAGAGAUGCAUACGACCAAUUCGGCAAAGUAGACUUGAGUGAGAGCUCCUACUACGGUCAGAUGUACGACUACUACUCCAUUAUGCACUACGACAGUCUGGCCUUCUCGAAGAAUGGGCUCGAAACAAUGGUGGCAAGACGUCCGGAAAUGACAGUAGUGAUUGGUUCAGCGAUUGAUUUCAGUCCUACCGACGUGCUGAAGAUGAAUUUAAUGUAUCAGUGUGGCACCAACAUAGUUCCCAACGCAGUGGAUGCGGAAAGCGUGUCGCUGCCCGUUCCACCUCCAUCUCCACCAAUUCCCGCUCAUACAUCACAUGAUAUUGGAGAUGAUGAUUGCAACGAUAAGACGAACUUGUGCUGGAGAUGGCUGGACCGAUGCGGGUCGUUCUUCUUCGAAAAAAUCAUGAAGGAGUUCUGCGCCCUCUCUUGUGGCUACUGUACACCGAAGUCUUCAGUUGGCGCAACAAGCAAAGCUGCUAAAGGAGCCUCUGCGAGCUAUCUACAGCUCGGGCCUAUCAUCUCGGCUGAUAAUGCUCCACAACGGACUUUUCCAUCGAAAGUGCGAGUCGUGAUCAAGAGCAGAAAACCUGGCACAGCUCCCAGACCUGCAUUCGUAUCUGCAGAUUUUUCUCGGACUGGACAGAGAGGUUUGCCGGGAAUACCGCCUGCCCUUGUUCUAACCUUCGUCGACUAUGUAAGACACUUCGAGAGCGUAGAAACGAUUGCAGUACGCUCAGCGCUGGUCAAUCAAGGUGUGGAGGCAUCGCAUGUGAGCGCAAAGUCAUUUGCUGCAAUCGAUGCACCACUAGGAUACAGCUUUUGGAUAAUGAAAUCACUCGUUUGGGAAGAAAAAGACAUAUGUGUUGGUGGAAGAUUACUCUCAAAAGCUCCUCUUGCGGAUAAUGUCGUUCUCUUUUCGAGAAGUACCAACGAAACAGAGAUGAUGCUCAAGGAAUUGAACGAAACAGGGAAGAGAAUAGGACUGCAAAUAAACAGAAAGAGGACACAGUUCAUGAAGAGCGCCUACUGCGACGAUGGAGGAGUACAACGUGAAGGCUCCAAAAUCGUGGAAACUUCGUUUACCGUAUACUUCGGACUUUCUAUGAACAUGGAAAACGACGUGAAUGAAGAACUGAAUAGAAGAAGGAUAGCAACGUUGUCAUUCGCCUCAUUGAAAGAGCUACGCACUAAAUGA